CUUUGAAUAACUCGAAAGGGUACACAGGAUAACUGUCCACCACGCAUCUCCCUCAUUAUAUAACAUAAUCAUGGCAGUCAAAUUCACCUGCGGCGGCGGCGUUUAAUCUCAUCCUCUCUCACACCUAAAUUGGGAAGAGAGAGAAGAAAGAAAAAGUUGAAAAAUGCCAGUGAUGCAGUCGACUUUCCUGCAGUCUCCGUCCAUUUGCCGUUUCUCGGUUUCAUCUCCUUCAUCCGUGAAAUUCACAGUCUCUUGUUGCUUGGUUGCGUCGCCGGCGACACUGAGUGUGGACAUCGACAAGAAGCCUUCAGAGAGAAAUGAAGUGCGCUUGGGAUUGCCGAGCAAGGGCCGAAUGGCCACCGAUACUCUUGAUCUUCUCAAGGAUUGUCAAUUGUCAGUGAGACAAUCAAAUCCACGGCAGUAUGUGGCGGAAAUUCCACAGAUUUCAAAUUUAGAAGUUUGGUUUCAACGCCCAAAAGAUGUUGUGAGAAAACUGGUCUCUGGAGAUUUGGACCUUGGAAUUGUUGGUCUGGACACUGUAACGGAAUAUGGACAGGGGAAUGAAGAUCUCGUUAUCGUCCAUGAUGCCCUGGACUAUGGAGAUUGCCGUUUAUCUGUAGCGAUUCCCAAUUAUGGCAUAUAUGAGAAUAUAAAUUCUUUGAAAGAGCUUGCUCAGAUGCCGCAGUGGACUCCUGAGAGACCUCUAAGAGUAGCUACUGGUUUCACAUAUUUGGGUCCUAAGUUUAUGAAGGAGAAUGGACUGAGUUAUGUGACAUUUUCAACUGCUGAUGGAGCUCUGGAAGCAGCUCCGGCAAUGGGAAUUGCCGAUGCUAUCGUGGAUCUCGUGAGCAGUGGGACCACAUUGAAAGAGAAUAAUCUGAAAGAAAUCGAAGGUGGAGUUAUCUUGGAAAGUCAGGCUGUGCUUGUUGCAAGCAGGAAGUCAUUAAUCCGGCAAAAAGGCGUGCUUGAUAUAACACAUGAGAUGCUUGAAAGAUUUGAAGCUCAUUUAAAGGCCGUUGGUCAGUUCACGGUGACGGCCAACAUGAGGGGAAGCAGUGCAGAGGAAGUGGCUGAACGAGUCCUAAGCCAACCUUCGUUAUCUGGGUUGCAGGGACCCACUGUUAGCCCAGUUUUCUGUAAGAACGAUGGGAAUGUGGCAGCAGAUUAUUAUGCCGUAGUCAUCUGUGUGCCGAAGAAAGUACUUUACGAAUCUGUUCAGCAGCUGAGGAAGAUUGGAGGCAGUGGGGUCCUUAUUUCACCUCUGACAUACAUCUUCGAUGAGGAAACUCCAAGGUGGCGCCAGCUUCUUUCCAACUUGGGCCUCUGAUUGUGUGUCCAAAUAUCGUACUUCACAUUUGUGGGAAAAGAACACGCGGGAUAACAACUGAGGCUCUGUAACUGUUAAAGUUUUCGUGCUAACCACAUCAUGUGCUUGUCGUGUAGAAUUGUAUUUACGGCCUGUUUUGUACACAACCGACUAGCUGGCGGCUGAUUGUGUCAUUCAAAGGGAUGUGUGGUUGGUGUAUUUUUAUUAAGUCGUGGAGGACUAGGUGCUGACUUACUUCGUGUUAUACCCAAAAUGGUGCUUAUUACGUUCAGUUUUUCUUGUCUUAGGGAUGUUUGUAAAAGGAUGGCAAAAUGUGGUAUUUUUCUAUCAAAAAGGAUUGAACCGAGUGCACUAAAUAAUUUGUGUUGUAAUUUGUGUUGUUGUUGUUGUUGUUGUUG